AUGUCGACUUUGCUGGGGAAAAGUUUAUUUGAAGUCAGUGGUCAAGGCCCUGCACCCAAUAAAGACUUCUUCCAAUUUUCUGUUACCAAGACAGAGGUUAUUUGGAGAUGGUGGAAGAUUUCUUUGAGAAGAGAUGGUAGGAACACAAAGCCAGGAGAACUGAGGGAGUCUCACAAUGACUACUUGGAUGACAGCCUGCUUCAGAGUCAGGUGAGUGUGGUGUUUGGCCCAAGGAUCCUUCAGUACAGCCAGGCACUAUGUCAGGGCCACUAUGACUACCUGGAGCGUCUGCCCGAUCCCCUGCUUCUCCACAUCCUGACCCAUCUGGAACUGGAGGACGUGGCACGGCUUGGACACACCUCACACAGGUUCAGGAAGCUGUGUCGUUCGGAGGAGUUCUGGGAGCAAGCGGUGCGCGGCCACUGCGGCACCGUGUCGGCCGAGGUGGAGGCCCUGGCCCUGGAGCUGGGCUGGAAGAGCGUCUUCUUCACCAGCAAGCUGCAGCUGCAGAAACAGAUCAGCCGCAGGAGGAAGAGGAGCCAGAAGCUACUCUGUACAGACCCGGAGCACUAUGAUGUAGACACAAUGGUGGAGCGCAGUGAGGACCCAGAGAGCCGCGCUGCAGAUAUAGAGCCAGGUUCUGAGUCGGACCCUGGGCCGGAGCAGCUCUGUACAGACAUGCAGCUCUGUGGGGUGAUUGCGGGCCAGGGUCGUGGUGUGGCACAGGGGGACUGGAGCUCUGAUUCAGGGAGCUCACAGAAAUGA